AUGUGCGAAUCAAACAAGCAUCGUGCUAGUAAUUGUAAGGUUAAUGAUGUAAAGUGUGAUUGCGGUAGCACAAGUCAUCCUGGUGCAAUGCACAUUGAUCAACAGCAAAGAGGUGUUAGAGAUAAUUCACAACAAAUUGAAAUGCAGAUGAUUCCUAGACAUGAGCAACAGGAUGGCGGGGAGAGAAAGUCUCAAGUAAACAAUAGUUGUACACAAAUUUGUAAAAAUGAUUUCGCUAAAUCAUGUACCAAACUUGUAUUAGUAAAUGUUUGUAGAACUGAUAAUCCAUGUAAAACUGUUAAAUGCUAUGCCAUGAUAGAUGAUCAAAGCAAUUCUUCAUUAGCAAAACCAAAGUUGUUUGAUAUGUUGAAUAUCACUAGUCAAAAAUUUGAAUACACAAUUAAUUCUUGUGCAGGUUCCCGUGUUACACACUAUCGCCGUGCCAGUGAUUGUACUGUUAUGUCCGUAGAUGGUUCAGUUAUUUACCAGUUACCCACACUUAUUGAGUGUCCAGAUAUUCCGGAUAACCGGAAUGAGAUAUGUUCUCCACAUGAUGUAGGAUUUCAUCCCCACUUAUCUCACAUAGCAGGUUUCAUUCCCAAAAUAGAUGAUGAGGCUCAGAUUUUGCUUCUUAUUGGUCGAGACCUGGUCGAGGCUCAUCAUAUUCAAGAUCAGAUCAUAGGCCCUCCAGGGGCGCCCUUUGCCCAGAAGUUGGGACUUGGUUGGGUAGUAAUUGGCGAGAUGUGUUUAAGUAAGGUACACCCUGUAGAUCAGGUUAAUGUCAACAAGACUCACGUGUUGUACAACGGUCAAGUGUCACUGUUCCCUCCUUGUGAGAAUAGGUUUGUUGUUUCAGAAAAGGUCAAGCUUGACAUUAAUUCCUACGACCCAGUGUUCGCCCAAACAGCUAAUGAUGAUAAAUUUAGUCCAUCUGUAGAUGAUUUAGAGUUCUUAGACUUGAUGGAUAAAGGGUUCCGUAAAACUUCAGAUGGUAGAUGGAGUGCACCCCUACCCUUUCGGUCUUCUAGGUCAUGUCUUCCAAAUAAUAGAACAGAUGCUAUGCGUAGAGCUAAAUCCCUUCAUUUUAACUUGAUGAAAAAUCCUGUCAAGAGAAACCUUAUGGUUGAAUUUAUGGCCAAGAUAUUUGAUAAGGGUCAUGCUGAAGUUGCCCCUCCACUUUCUGAUAAUGAGGAAUGCUGGUACUUGCCAGUGUUUGGAGUUUUCCAUCCAAAGAAACCAGAUCAGAUAAGAGCAGUAUUUGAUUCUUCUGCUCAGUUUCAGGGUGUUUCCUUGAAUUCAGUCCUGUUAAGUGGGCCUGACCUGAUAAACAAUUUGGUAGGUGUUCUUAUGAGGUUUAGAACAGAGCUGGUUCCUGCAAUAGCUGACAUUGAACAAAUGUUUUAUUGUUUCUCGGUAGAGGAGAAACAUAGAAAUUUGCUUAGAUUUCUGUGGUACAAAGACAAUGACCCAAGUAAAGAAAUGAUAGAGUACCGAAUGACCGUACAUGUUUUUGGCAACAGUUCGUCACCGGCAGUUGCAAUAUAUGGUUUACUUAGAACAGUUGAGAAUUCAGAACCUGAUGUUCAACAUUUUGUGCGUAAGAACUUUUACGUAGAUGAUGGUCUCACGUCAAAGUCGUCCCCAGGUCAAAUAGUAGAUCUUAUCAAAAGAACUCAGAAAGAUUUAGGUGCCUGUGGCCUACGGCUUCACAAAAUUGCAUCUAGUAAUGUAGAGGUUAUGCGUAGUUUUGAAGUUGAUGAUCUGGCUAAAGACAUGAAAUGUCUUGACUUCGAAAGUGACAUGAUGGUGUUACCACUUCAGCGUAGCUUAGGCGUUAGUUGGAAUCUUGAGCUCGAUUGUUUCACAUUUAAAGUGGAAAGCUCUGGUCAACCCUUCACGAGACGCGGUAUUUUGGCCAUAGUGAACAGUUUGUUUGACCCGCUAGGUUUUCUGUCACCUUUUACUAUUAUUGGAAAGUUGAUUCUUAGGGACAUAGUGUCUGAGAAAUGUGAUUGGGAUCAACCGGUGCCCUGUAGUAUUGAGAGAAGAUGGAUAGAGUGGAAACAUUGUUUAGACAUACUCAGUAACUUGAAAAUUCCACGCAGUUAUUUCAGUAUCAGUCUUAGUGAGAUCAUCCAUUUGACACUCCAUGUGUUUUCUGAUGCUUCAGAACAAGCUAUAGCAGCUGUAGGUUACAUAGUAGGUCGUACACCUUCUAACAUCUGUGUAGGGUUUGUGAUGGGCAAGUCUAAGGUAGCUCCUACUAAAGGUCAUACUAUUCCUCGUCUUGAGCUCUGUGGAGCUGUGUUAGCCACAGAAAUUUCCCAGUCCAUUACUGAUCAGAUAGGAUUAAAGUCUGACAAGAUCAAAUACUACACGGAUAGUAGAAUAGUAUUGGGUUAUAUUCACAAUCAGUCAAGACGUUUCCACACAUAUGUCCAGAUUUUCUUCAUAAACAUACCGAGUCAGUUCCAGAGUUUUCCUGUAGUAGAUCCCGAAACUGACAAAGAGAUACGACCCAAUGUAUCUGUCAAUGCUGUUAGUAUUCAGGAAUCAGAUAUGCUUAAUAGUAAGAAAUUUGAGCAGUUUUCCACAUGGUCAAAAUUGGUUUUGGCUAUUUCUGUACUUAGACAUGUAGCUGUGUCCUACAAUAGGAGUUUAACCUGCCGUGGUUGGCAUUCCGAUUGUCUGGCUUCGAAAGAUUUAGAGUUUCGAAAACAAACUGAGUCUUUCAUCCUUAAGAUAGUUCAAAAGGAGUUCUAUAGUAAUGAGAUUCAAUGUUUGAAAGGUCAGCAUAACCUUAACAAGGAUUCUCCCAUUUUGACCCUAGAUCCAUUUCUAGAUAACAAUGGAAUUCUAUGUGUAGGAGGUCGCUUGAGUAACAGUGCACUGUCUAAUCAUCAGAAACACCCUGUUAUAGUCCCUGGAAAACAUUAUGUUGCUAGGCUUUUAGUUGGUCAUUUUCACAGUCUAGUUAAACACCAAGGUCGUCAUUUAACAGAAGGUGCUGUCAGAGAUGCAGGCUUUUGGGUUAUAGAUGGUAAGCGGUUAGUCACCUCCCUGAUUUUUCAGUGCGUCACAUGUAAAAAACUUAGAGGCAAAUUUUUAGGGCAAAAUAUGUCUAAUCUUCCUGUUGAUAGGGUCCAACAAGCUGCCCCUUUUACUUACGUAGGUGCUGAUGUGUUUGGCCCUUGGUCAGUGGUUUCCAGGCGAACUCGUGGUGGUCAAGCAAGUUCAAAAAGAUGGGCAGUAUUGUUCACUUGCCUUGCUAUUACAGCAGUCCACAUAGAGGUUAUUGACGAGAUGUCUUCGUCAUCUUUCAUUAACGCCCUACGUAGGUUUGUUUCUCUAAGGGGAGCUGUAAAACAGUUUCGAUCAGAUCGUGGCACAAAUUUUGUCGGUGCAACAGAUUUUCUUGGCAUAGAGGCAAUAAAUGUUGAGGAUAGCCCCAUGAGGAAUUUCACACAAUAA